GGCGGGGCUGCUGGAAGUGGCCGGACGCUGUCUGCGGCUCGUUGUUUAAGCGGCUGACGGGAAGGAGAAGGUUUGGCUCCGGCGGCGCCGCGGGGCGGCAGUCACGACCAGCCCUCAAGCCGCCGCUAGCCUCUAGACUGGCAGAAGCCAGGAACCCCGGCUGAGGAGCGGCGGGGCGAGACGCCCGCUGGCCUUCUGACCGCAUCAUGUCGCGGGGCUCCAUCGAGAUCCCCCUCCGGGACACCGACGAGGUCAUUGAACUUGACUUCGAUCAGUUACCAGAGGGGGAUGAAGUUAUCAGUAUUCUGAAACAGGAGCACACACAACUGCACAUAUGGAUUGCUUUGGCGCUGGAAUACUACAAGCAAGGAAAAACAGAAGAGUUUGUAAAGUUGUUGGAAGCAGCACGGAUUGAUGGCAAUUUGGACUACAGAGACCAUGAAAAAGACCAGAUGACUUGCUUGGAUACAUUGGCUGCUUAUUAUGUACAACAGGCUAGGAAGGAAAAGAAUAAGGACAAUAAAAAAGAUCUUAUUACCCAGGCAACCCUCUUGUAUACAAUGGCUGAUAAAAUUAUUAUGUAUGAUCAGAACCAUUUGUUGGGAAGAGCCUGUUUCUGCCUACUUGAAGGUGACAAAAUGGAUCAGGCUGAUGCACAGUUUCACUUUGUACUCAACCAGUCUCCAAAUAAUAUUCCAGCCCUUCUUGGUAAAGCUUGCAUUUCAUUCAACAAGAAAGACUAUAGAGGAGCUCUUGCUUACUAUAAGAAAGCAUUACGUACUAACCCAGGAUGUCCAGGUAAGAGAAGAACUUUAGGUCUAAGCCGUGCCGAUUCCAUCAAAAAUGGUGUUCAGCUUCUUUCCAGAGCCUAUACUAUUGAUCCUAGCAACCCUAUGGUUUUGAACCACUUGGCAAAUCACUUUUUCUUCAAAAAGGAUUAUAGUAAAGUCCAGCACUUGGCUCUGCAUGCAUUCCAUAACACAGAGGUGGAGGCUAUGCAAGCAGAAAGUUGCUAUCAGCUCGCUAGGUCAUUCCAUGUUCAGGAAGAUUAUGACCAAGCUUUCCAGUACUACUAUCAAGCCACACAGUUUGCCUCAUCCUCUUUUGUGCUGCCAUUUUUUGGUUUGGGACAAAUGUAUAUUUAUCGAGGUGACAAAGAAAAUGCAUCUCAGUGCUUUGAGAAAGUUUUGAAAGCUUAUCCUAAUAAUUAUGAAACUAUGAAAAUUCUCGGCUCGCUCUAUGCUGCCUCAGAAGAUCAAGAAAAACGAGAUAUCGCCAAGGGUCAUUUGAAGAAGGUCACAGAACAGUAUCCUGAUGAUGUUGAAGCUUGGAUUGAAUUGGCACAAAUCUUAGAACAGACUGAUAUACAGGGUGCCCUUUCAGCCUAUGGAACAGCAACACGGAUCCUUCAGGAGAAAGUCCAGGCCGAUGUCCCCCCAGAGAUUCUGAAUAAUGUGGGUGCCCUCCACUUUAGACUUGGAAAUUUAGGAGAGGCAAAGAAAUAUUUUUUGGCGUCAUUGGAUCGUGCAAAGGCAGAAGCUGAGCAUGAUGAACAUUAUUAUAAUGCCAUUUCUGUUACAACAUCAUACAAUUUAGCCAGACUGUAUGAGGCAAUGUGUGAAUUCCAUGAAGCAGAAAAAAUAUAUAAAGACAUCUUACGGGAACAUCCUAAUUAUGUUGACUGCUAUCUGCGGCUAGGAGCCAUGGCUAGAGAUAAAGGAAACUUUUAUGAGGCUUCUGAUUGGUUCAAGGAAGCUCUUCAGAUUAAUCAGGACCAUCCAGAUGCUUGGUCUUUGAUUGGUAAUCUUCAUUUGGCGAAACAAGAGUGGGGCCCAGGCCAGAAGAAAUUUGAGAGGAUAUUAAAACAACCAGCUACACAGAGUGACACUUACUCUAUGCUAGCCCUUGGCAAUGUCUGGCUCCAAACUUUGCAUCAGCCCACUCGAGAUCGAGAAAAGGAAAAGCGUCAUCAAGAUCGUGCCCUCGCCAUCUACAAACAAGUACUCAGAAAUGAUGCGAAGAAUCUGUAUGCUGCUAAUGGCAUAGGAGCUGUUUUGGCCCACAAAGGAUAUUUCCGUGAAGCUCGUGAUGUAUUUGCCCAAGUAAGAGAAGCAACAGCAGAUAUCAGUGAUGUGUGGUUGAACCUAGCACAUAUCUAUGUGGAACAAAAGCAAUAUAUCAGUGCUGUUCAGAUGUAUGAAAACUGCCUCAGAAAGUUCUAUAAGCACCAGAACACUGAAGUUCUGCUGUAUUUGGCUCGGGCCCUCUUCAAGUGUGGCAAGUUACAGGAAUGCAAACAGACUUUGCUGAAGGCUAGACAUGUGGCACCCAGUGAUACAGUUCUUAUGUUUAAUGUGGCCUUGGUCCUGCAAAGAUUAGCUACCUCUGUCCUGAAAGAUGAAAAGAGUAAUCUGAAGGAAGUACUUAAUGCUGUGAAAGAACUGGAGCUUGCACACAGAUACUUCAGUUACUUGAGUAAAGUGGGAGAUAAAAUGAGAUUCGAUUUGGCCCUUGCUGCUACAGAAGCCAGACAAUGCUCUGACUUGCUGAGCCAGGCCCAGUACCAUGUGGCCCGGGCACGCAAACAGGAUGAAGAAGAGAGGGAGCUGCGGGCCAAACAAGAGCAAGAAAAAGAACUGCUAAGGCAGAAACUUCUCAAAGAACAGGAAGAAAAACGUCUCCGAGAAAAGGAAGAGCAAAAGAAACUUCUGGAACAGCGGGCCCAGUAUGUAGAGAAGACCAAAAAUAUCCUUAUGUUUACUGGAGAGUCUGAAGCAGCAAAAGAAAAGAAGAGAGGUGGUGGUGGUGGACGGCGUUCUAAGAAGGGAGGGGAGUUUGAUGAGUUUGUCAAUGACGACACCGAUGAUGACCUGCCUAUAUCCAAAAAGAAGAAGAGAAGGAAGGGUAGUGGAAGUGAACAGGAAGGUGAAGAAGAGGAGAGUGGUGAAAGAAAGAAGAAGAAGAGGAGAAGACCUCCAAAGGGAGAAGAAGGAUCUGACGAUGAUGAAACAGAAAAUGGCCCCAGACUGAAAAAGCGCCGUCCAUCAAGAGCAGAGAAGAAGAAGGCUUCCAAGCCAGAGCGUCUGCCUCCUUCAAUGAAGGGAAAAAUAAAAUCCAAAGCCAUAAUAUCAUCCAGUGAUGAUUCUUCAGAUGAGGAUAAACUUAAAAUUGCUGAUGAAGGACACCCCCGCAACAGCAACAGCGACACAGACGAGGGGGAACCGCGGAACCAGCGCACCUCUUCCGAGAGUGAUUCCGAUGAGAACCAGCACAGGUCCGGCAGCGAGGCUGGCAGCCCCCGCAGGCCCCGAAGACAGCGGUCCGAUGAGGAUUCAGACAGUGACCAGCCAGCCGGAAAGAGGCGGCCCUCGGGCUCCGAACCGUCUGACAACGAGUCUGUGCGGUCCGGGAGAAGCCACUCGGGAGGCUCGGAGGUGGACUCCCGCCCAGCCUCUCCAAGUGCCGAGUCAGAUCGCGAUUCAGAGAGAGCAUCUGAUAACGAGGGUUCUCGCCGAGGCUCUGGAAAUGAAUCGGAACCCGAGGGAUCCAACAACGAGGCCUCGGAUCGAGGCUCAGAACGUGGAUCGGAUGACAGUGACUAGGGUUUAUUUCAGAAAUAAGCGUCAUCUCUGGAGGAAACUUUUUUAAUAUAUGAAAGCUGUGAUAAAAACGUUUGAGUUGUUUAGUCAAACAAUUGUGAAAUUUUUCCUAAGGCUAUUUUUUUUCUAUUCAUUUGUAUAUUACUAAGCCCCAAGAGACAUUUCCCAUGCUAGAGUCCAAUAUUUGAGUCCUUUAAGCAAAUGAAGAAUGUGACUAUCCAUGGCACAGUUCCGCCUGUCAUGUGUGAAAACUGCCGGGCAGAUGAAGCCAGCUGGUAAAUCAUUCCUGCAGAGGUUUGACUGAAACUGUAGCAGACAUCUCAUCAUCUUUGUUAAGUGGCUUACUGUUUUGAUUUUUAUUGCAGUCUUUUACCAAGUGGUGCAAGAAACUUGUUUCAUUUUAAAUUUAGAUCAAGAAUAUUUUUAUUUUCUGGAGGAAGAGGUAUCUACUGUAUAAUUGCACCAAAGUACAAAUGAGAGGCAGGUUUUCUUUAAUAGUGUGAUACUGCAAGCCACGUAGAUAAAAUCACAAAUAUAUAAUUUGUUAGGUUGAGUAAGAGUGGAAAAAUGCUUUUCUGUUACUGGAAUUCAAAGACCCACCUAUGCCACAUAAUAAACUUCUUUUGCCAACUUUUAUGGGUAA